AUGGCCUUCAUAGAGGCAUCCGAGUAUAAGACCAAAUAUGAGGUUGCCAAAAAAAUCCAACAAGAGGAACAUGGUCGCUUGGUUCGUCAAGUUUCCAAUGUAGAACUCAAAGUAGCCAAUCUUCGUGCUAAUGAUAAUGAGUUAAAUGGUCGACUCGCCCCCUCAAGGACUGAUAUAGGUUGGAUGCAUCAAGAAGGUACCUCCGAAUCUUUUGAUAAAUCCAUAUGUUCGGAGACAUUUGUGAGCAAUUCCAAAAGAAUUUACAAAGCAUAUAAUGAUUAUGGCAUAGUGCAAGGAUGCAGAUUAAUGAAAGAAUAG